UUCUUUUCCCCGAGUCCACCUUAAAAUGUCCAACGAGGUCCAAUGACUGUUGGAUCGAGUCUCUCAGCAGCUCAUUUACAUUUCCGCCGGACGCCAAACAUCUGGAGGUUUAUAAACAGGCGUUGUGCGAGGGAGAGCGCCACAAGUCCUCACCCGUCGACAUGAAUCCGGUUCUGGUGGCGCUGGCCUGGUCCCUGGCGGUCUCAGUCCGUGCUCAGUUUCAGCCUCAGUUGCAUGAGCACCACGACAUGGGCUGGGUCAACGGUUACCGGCAGGGUUUCAGCUUCCAGUGCCCCCACGGUGAAGCCCUGGUGGCCAUCAGGAGCUACUUCAGCGCUGCAGACGGUUCCGACCGCCUUUGGUCCUUUGAGUGUCAGCCCACGCCCGAGGGGCUUGGACACCCCACCGACUGCUGGUGGGAUGACAUCAACCGUGCCGGCCUGGAGUGGACCUCUAAGUGCACCCGUAAUGGCCUGGUGGCAGGGGUGCAGAGCAAGUACUUUGAGAGCGUCUUGGACCGAGAAUGGCAAUUCUACUGCUGCUACUACGAGAAGCGAUGUCCAUACUCCUGCAUGAAAACCACUGACAUUCCUGAAUACCACCAAGAGGAAGGCGAGCUAGUGGUUCCAAGCUACGGCUACUUCAUCCGAGGAGCUCAGACCACCUUUAACGGAGUGCUAAGGGAUCGCCAGUGGAAGUACAUCUUGUGCAGGAUGACCGACUUCGACUGUGAAUUUGAGAAUUUGUAGACGCGUCCGAGAGAAAUGGCAAAUUUGCCGCUACCCUUUGAUAUUGACAACCAUGUGGUUCGUAUGGUUACUUUUUCUGGGCCGAAUACAGGUCCGUAUAAUUUUACUUGCAUGCAAAACAGAAAAUGCACAUAAAAAAACUAAAAAACAUUUAAACAACAA